AUGGGUCUCUUUUCUAGUUUUCUCGAUACGUUCUGCGAGCAUUGCUCCAGCCAGUCCAUCUAUACCCUGGCUGUAGUCGGCAGUUUGUCCUUUAUUGCACUGUCCGUCGUUGUCAAUGUCUUGCGCCAAUUACUCUUCAAGAACCCCCACGAGCCUCCAGUGGUCUUCCACUGGUUUCCCUUUGUCGGAAGCACAAUUAGCUAUGGAAUGGAGCCAUACAGGUUCUUCAAUGUCAACCGCGCAAAGUACGGUGAUAUUUUCACUUUCGUUCUUCUCGGCAAGAAGACUACCGUUUAUUUGGGCACCAAGGGCAAUGAGUUUAUUAUGAAUGGAAAGCUGCGCGACGUUUGCGCCGAAGAGGUUUAUUCGCCACUGACAACCCCUGUUUUUGGCCGCAAUGUGGUCUAUGAUUGCCCCAACUCCAAGCUCAUGGAGCAGAAGAAGUUUGUGAAAUUCGGCCUGACUUCCGAGGCCCUUCGGUCCUACGUUCCCCUGAUCACCAACGAAGUCGAUAUGUUUGUCAAGAAAUGCCCUGCAUUCCAAGAGUCCAAGGGUACUUUUGACGUUUCCAAGAUCAUUGCCGAGAUCACCAUUUACACUGCUUCGCGAUCCCUCCAGGGCAAAGAAGUGCGCGACCGCUUUGAUUCUACUUUUGCCGACAUGUACCACGAUCUUGACAAGGGUUUUGCGCCGAUCAACUUUAUGCUCCCCUGGGCCCCGCUCCCCCACAACCGCAAGCGCGACGCUGCGCAGAAGAAGAUGACCGAAACAUACAUGGAAAUCAUUCGUGAGCGUCGUGAGGCUGGUGGCAAGAAGACUGAAGAAGAUAUGGUUUGGAACCUCAUGUCCUGUGUUUACAAGAACGGUACCCCGGUUCCCGACGAAGAGGUGGCCCACAUGAUGAUCGCACUCCUGAUGGCUGGACAACACUCUUCUUCAUCCACCGCCGCCUGGAUUGUUCUCCGUAUGGCAACUUGCCCUGAGAUCAUGGAUGAGCUUUACCAAGAACAAAUCCGAAUCCUGGGUGAGGAUUUGCCUCCAGUCACCUACGAGAACCUCCAGAAGUUGGACCUUCACGCCAAGGUCAUCAAGGAGACCCUUCGCAUUCACGCUCCUAUCCACUCUAUCAUUCGUGCUGUCAAGAACCCCAUGCCUGUGGAGGGAACACCUUAUGUGAUCCCCACCACCCACAACGUCCUCUCCUCCCCCGGUGUCACUGCGAGAUCGGAGGAGUGCUUCCCGGAGCCUUUGAAUUGGAACCCUCACCGCUGGGAUGAGGUCACCGCGCCCAAAGACGAGGACGAGGAACAAAUUGAUUACGGCUACGGUAUGGUCAGUAAGGGUACCAGCAGCCCUUACCUCCCAUUCGGCGCCGGCCGGCACCGUUGCAUCGGCGAACAGUUUGCCUACGUACAGUUGGGCGCUAUUCUGGCCACAUUGGUCCGCCAAUUCAAGUUCUCCAACCCUACCGAUCGUACUGGUGUUCCCGAUACCGAUUACUCAUCUUUGUUCUCCAAGCCAUUGGGCAAGUCAUUUGUCCGUUUUGAGAAGCGUGGAACCAAGGAAUAG